AUGUAUGCUAAUAUAAUGAAUCUAUUAAAAAAUAAUUUAUUUCUAAAAUUAAAUCAUUGUUAUAUACGAUUAAAUUCUACACUUGGACAAUCAAAUUAUGUAGAAAAAAUUUAUGUUUAUAAUUAUUGGUCACGUAAUUGUAAUGAAUUGGAAAAACAAUACCCAAAAGGUAAAGCUAUAGUUUUAUUGGAUAGACAACCGAUUGUUAAAAAGAUGAAAGAUAGAGAAACAUUAACACCAGAACUGGUAAAAUUUGAUUAUGAUGUUGUUAAAAAAAAAUUUAAAGAGUAUGGACUUGAUGUUGGAAAAGAAAAUACAGUUUUAUUAGAUGUCAUUCCACCUGAAAAGGAAGGACAUGAUUAUAAACCAUUUAUUGGUAUUUCAAUGUCAUUAAUUAAACCUGAUCCUGAUAGUGGCAUUGAUUUUUUAGAGGCUAAAAAAUUAUUAGCUAAUGAUUUAGGUGGUGAAUGUUUAAAUUUAAGAAUGUGUAUUUUAACAAUUAAAAAUGAAAAUGAUAGAAAUUAUCUUUCAAAACUUCAAUCAACUAUGAAAUGGCAUAGAACAUUCCGUUUAUGCCCAUAUUGUGGUGGAGUAUUAAAGAAAAAAUUAUCAAAAGCUUCAUGUUCAUGUAGUAAUUGUCACAAAGUUUUCUAUCCAAAUAUUAGUCCUGUAUCAAUGAUUAUUAUUAGUGAUCCAACUAAUCAAUAUUGUUUAUUAGUACGCCAUAUUAAUAGUGUAAAAGGUGUUUUUACAACAAUAGCUGGUUUUGUUAAUCCAGGUGAAACAAUAAAAGAAUGUGCCAGAAGAGAGGUUGCUGAAGAACUUGGUGUAGAAUGUUAUAAUAUAAAACUUCUUGAUGAUUCUCAACCAUGGCCGAUUCCUGAUAAUAGUUUAUUAAUGCCUUUUUAUGGAAUUGUUGAUAAAAAAGCAAAAUUAAAAAUUGAAACAAGUGAAAUUGAAUGUGCUAGAUGGUUUUCUAGGGAAGAAGUUUUAGAAGCUGUUAAAAGAACUGAAAAUGAUCCAUUUAUCAAAGAAUUACCAACAUUACUUAACAAUGAUAAGAAAAAAAAAGGAGGAAAUAACAAUAUUGAUAAUAGAUUUUUCUAUAUACCUCCACCGGGUGCUUUAGCUCAUAAUUUAAUUAAAAUGUGGGCUGAAAAUUCAACUGAUUUUACUAAUAGGAACUAA